AUGGCAGGCACAUUGAAACGCUUUCUAGGCUAUGGAACAGAAGCUAACGAUGCCCCCACCUCAAAACGUUCGCUUCCAGCAUCAUGGUACCGAAGCCCCGAGAUGUACGAACUUGAGCGUCGAGCCAUAUUUUCCAAGAAAUGGAUCUUGGUUACACACCAAAAUCGAUUUGAGAAACCUGGAGAUUAUGUUCGUAUCACAGAAGCCGGUUUCUCGUUCUUUUUAUGCUUGGGAAAGGAUGGUAUUCUGAGAGGCUUCCAUAAUAUUUGCAGGCAUCGAGGCUUUCCCAUACUCCACAACGAUGAAGGCAAUGCAAAGAUACUCGCUUGUAAGUACCAUGGAUGGUCAUAUGGUAUCAAUGGGAAACUCGCGAAGGCUCCACAUUUCGAGACAUUCUCGAAUUUCGAUAAAGACCAGACCGGUCUACUUCCUGUUCAUGUUCAUGUCGACCAGCUCAAAUUUGUGUGGGUCAACCUUGAGGCUUCCAAGGUGCCGACGACUUCUUGGGACGAACAACUGGACGGGGUCGACCAGCAGCAGCGAUUUUCAGGGUUUGAUUUUUCACAUUAUCGUUAUGACCAUUCAUGGGGAAUGCAAGGAGACUACAACUGGAAAACCUUGGCAGACAAUUAUAACGAAUGCCUUCAUUGCCGGACGGCGCACCCUGAUACUGCUGGGUUGGUUGAAAUUGAGGCAUAUCGAGUUGAAGGCAAUGUCGGUCACCUUCAACACUAUAACAAGCGUCAGGAGGACGGCCUGAAUGGGGAUUUUCAACUGGCAAGCACUUAUUACUUUCCCAAUGCUUGCAUGACAGUAACACCAGAUUUCUUUUAUAUGAUGAGAUGCGUCCCCACGUCAGUAUCAACCUGUUCGAUGGAGUAUGAGGUAUACCGAAAGAUAGGUGGCGAUCCGGAAGCAUUUGAUAAGACUGAUCAGCUUUUCAAGAGAGUCCUCGCCGAGGACAAAUGGCUGUGCAAUGAAACUCAAAAGAACUUGGAAGCCGGCAUUUAUAAAAAUGGGCCUUUGCACCCUGAUUACGAAUCCGGUCCUGUAUACUUCCAAUCACUGGUCAGGAAAGCCAUUUAUGAGCAUCGAAAAGAGGAAGAGAAGCUGAAGUCCCAGAUUUGGCCUGCGGCUCCACCUGUCGAAUCUACAGCAGACGAAGAUGAGGCAUUUUGCUCUGGCCUAAGCUGUGCCCCAGAGUCGAAAGCACUUGCGUGGUAA